AUGACUUUUAACGGGGGAAACCAACAAAACCGGUCAAAUAAUAAUAAUAAUCAAUUUUCACAUAAAAAAGAAAAAGUUAUUCCAGCGACCCUUAAAAAACAAGUUGACUGUGAAGCAGGGAAUUAUUCAGUUGGAGUCUCUGCCACAUGUAAAGUAAUUUUGAAGGAUGGUACCUUUCAUAUGGAUAUUGGUUACGGAUCAGCUGACAAGAUGAAAAAUAAGUCAAUGGCCUUGGAAAAAGCCAAGAAGGAAGCAGUUGCCGAUGCUUUGAAACGUACUUUAAGAAAAUUUGGGAAUUUUUUAGGUAAUUGUUUAUAUGAUAGAGAAUAUUCGAAACAAAUAAGAAAAGUUAAAGUGUCACCUCAUAUAUCUGUAAAUGUAUCUAUACAUGUAACUGGGAUUGAAUCUGUAAUUAAGCGUAAUUCCUCUUCCUCUUCAUGA